AUGGCCGCCAUGUACAGCACUAGCGGGAGCGUCGACCCCGAGACACUGUACACCAAGCAGAACUGCAUCGGCGGAGGCAGCUUCGGCAAGGUGUACAAAGGGGUCGACAAGCGCACCGGACAAAGCGUAGCCAUCAAGGUCAUAGACGUCGAGAACGCCGAAGACGAGGUCGACGACAUCAUCCAGGAAAUCUCCAUCCUGUCGGAGCUGCACAGCCCCUACGUUACCAAAUACUACGGGAGCUACCUGAAGGGCUCGGACCUAUGGAUCAUAAUGGAGUUCUGCUCGGGUGGCAGCUGCGGAGAUCUGAUGAAGCCGGGCCUCAUACCGGAAGAGUAUAUCACCAUCAUCAUACGAGAGCUGCUCAUGGGGCUGGAAUACCUGCACGGCGACAACAAGCUGCACAGAGACAUCAAGGCUGCGAACAUUCUUCUCAGCGCGAACGGCCAAGUGAAAUUGGCCGAUUUUGGUGUGUCCGGCCAGCUCUCGGCGACCAUGACCAAGAAGAACACAUUCGUCGGAACCCCCUUUUGGAUGGCUCCAGAAGUCAUCAAGCAAUCCGGCUAUGACCACAAGGCUGAUAUCUGGUCCCUGGGCAUCACUGCCUUGGAAUUGGCCCAUGGAGAACCCCCCUAUGCCGACAUCCAUCCGAUGAAGGUUCUAUUUCUAAUCCCGAAGAACCCGCCGCCCCAACUCGAGGGCAGUUUCAGCAGAUCGUUCAAGGAUUUUGUGGAGCUGUGUCUCAGAAAAGAGCCAAGGGAAAGACCGUCGGCUAAGGACCUACUGAAGCAUCCUUUCGUGCGGAAAGCCAAGAAGACCACCUACCUUACGGAAUUGAUUGAGCGGCAUGAGCGAUGGGUAGCUAGGCACGGCAAAGGAAACGAGAGUGAAUCGGAUGAGUCGGACAACGAGACCGAACCACGGCAACCUGUGAACGAAGAUCUGUGGGACUUUGGCACCAUCAGGCCUGCUGGCAAAAAUCACGCCUUAAAGGCAAUGAACGAUGCUGCAGCGAAUGCAAGAAGCCGGACAGACAGAGCCGCUGAUCUUCAGACAGGGCCACCGUCACCCCGCAAGAACGCAUUCGCGAGCACGGGUGAGGAGAAUGCGCCUGUAUCCAUUAGUGGAACAGUCAGGAGCACUAGUCCGGUGCGGCCGGCCCCGCAACCGCAGAGAGACCUCUCUCCACAGAAGCGGAUUUCACAGUCAUCCUUUGUCCCCCUCUCGCCGGCCAAGGUUCCGUUACCCCCAUCUCCGGUCAAGCCACAAGGCCCACAAGGACCCCGCUCACCCUCUCGUGAGAAGCCGUCUCUUUCAAAGCUCCUGCCCUCGCCAUCGUCGCGGCUAAGCGAUCUGGAUAUUGACGACUACCUUGGACAAGCGAUUGUAGAGUCAGAUCUGCCAUCUCUUAGCAUCUCAGAAAACCAUUCCCUUCCUCCGACGCCGUCACGACACGCGACUCUAACAAAUCCCCCACCUGGAUUGCCGCAAUCACCUUUCAAUCUCCCGCCCAUCCCGCCGUUCAAUCCCAACCGAUCACGCCAAUCCUCGCAACAAAGUGUAACAACUCCUUCGAGUAGUCCUCAGCGCCCACGGCCGCAACAGAGCCAGGUUCCGUCUCUAUCGCAGCAACCGCUCCCCACCUUCCUACCAAUUGCGCCUUCACCUUCCCCUCUGGAGCGUAAGCCAGCGCCGGCCGUACAGAAGCCAACACCUCCUCUCCCAACACCUGGAGGCUCUGUCCCGCCAGCUCCAGCAACGCGCAAGGUCUCCGAUGGCAGUCGAUCACUUGGCCGCAGCUUCAAGAAUAUCGGGAGCUCGCACGCUACGGCAGGCAGCAACGGAAACAGCGCCAACCCCCCGGAUAUCACGGCUUUGACAGGCGUCGUGUUGCCGGCGUUGGAAGCGGCAUUGCACCGGCGGACCUACAACUACAAUGCUCUACAGAAACAAUCGUCGUACACAAAUCUUCGAGCUGCCAGCUCGGGCGCUGAGGCGCCCAGCGGCUCUUCGGCAGAAGACACUCAGAAACGGCGCGAAGUACAUGAGAAUGUGCGGCGCCUGGUAGGAAAAGCGGCGCGAGUCUUUGCGGAGAUUGACCAAUGGGACAGCCAGUCACCGGUGGGCAUGGGAGAGGACGUGCAGGGGUUCCUGGAGGGAUUCUUGGAGGAGAUCCUGGUGAGAGUUGAGGCGGAAGACGAAUGA